AUGCCUGUGCUGCUGAAGAAUGAAGCAUAUUAUUUUGACUGCAUAGCGAUUCUGCAAUCCUGUCUGGAAUAUUAUAAUGAAAAGUUUGAAUCCCUGGACAUUCCAAUAGGCGAUUACCAGCUGACUAAGGUGCGACUGCGAGGAGCUCGGAACUUGAAGGAUGGAGCUCAUACAUGAGAAGAGAGGUUUGAAAACCUUCAGCCGAUGGUAGUGGAAUUCUUCCAGAUCCAGCAAGACUUCCUCGAGAAACUCUGCAAGACAUGUUUGAAACUCCCGAAAGGACAGGAACAAGGAACCAUGGCAAACCUGAAAGCUGUUAUACAACGAUCAAACGUAAACGGACAGGUUAAGGUCAGUUUUAAGUCACACGAGGAUUUGAUAAUGACAUCUGGGAAAUCUGACCUGGUACAGCUGGCCAUGGAACACUUUGGCUUAGGAACACAGGACUCCUCUCCUACAGCCAACCCACCACCGCAAAAUGUUGGAAUGUUUGAACGUCCCCGGCAUCAGAAAGUCUUUCACUUAUUCAUGGAUCCUUUUGUGGAAACAUAUGUCACACCAUUCCAGCUUGAAGAGGUAAUUAUGGCUGUAAAUUCAUGUUGA